AGGGCUUUGUUUUUGUUAUGCUGGCCGCCAUAGCCUUCUACCGUUCUACCUUAUUCAGCCGGUUUCUUCGCUGAAAUUUUUCUGGCGGAUUUCAAGGAAGAGUUUACCGGAAGACGUUAUCAAGGUGCCACACUUGUUUGAAUAUUUUGAGUUCAGCUGUUAACAGGUAAGUUCACUACCACCUGUACAUGUUUGUUCAACCAAAUGCAAGAAAGAAGUCUGGUUGAUUUUAAUAGAUAAUUUUAGACUAUUUGCUAUUAUGUGAACUAUGUGAAUUAUGUGAUGAGUUAUUUUAUUGCUAGAUUAAGUUAUGUUUAUUAUCUGGCAUAGUCAAGAUUUGUUAGUACUUUUGUUUCCAGAUUUAAUGAUGUUUUUAGUCAAACGUCACCAUAAAAAGAACUAAUACUUAAAGUGAAAGAUUAAGUGAUAUGUACUCGGGAACUAGUUCCCUCAGAUUAGCAGUUUUAGUUUUAGAUAGUCCGAUAUGUUUAGUGGGUCGCUCCCCUGAGCUGUCGGAUUGGCGCCAUUGAGUACAUAUCACGGGCCCACAGUUAAAAUUAGCCACAAAGAGUUUACAGAAAGUUUAAUGAGAUCUCUUUCAGAAAGUUUUACAGAAAGUUGUUUUUGAGAUCUCUUCAGAAAGUUUUACAGAGAUGUUUUGAGAAAGAAAUUUUGAGAUCUCUCUGACAGUUUUGAAAAAUUAUUUUAGAAAAUAUUUUCCUUAUGAGAUCUCCCUCAGAAUGUAUUUGAGAAGUUGUGUGUUAGUUAUUUGUUCAGUACAUGCUUAUAGCCUAAAUUUAUCUAUUGAUAAAUUGGCAUAGACUUCUAUAUAUUUUUGUGGAUCCAUAGUGACUUACUAAGCGUAAAGCUUAUCAGUUUUGUUUCUUCGCAUGUACAGAUACAAAUACCAAGGGUAAGGCCAAGGCCUAGGAAGAUGAUGAGAGAGUGGAACGCGUGCCAAAAUGAGUUAACGGGAACGACCUUGGUGGCUUCUAGCUAGUUAUUAUUUUUAUUUCAGUAUUUCAGUUGUUAUAAUAAAGAGAUUAUUAUUUCUUUAUUUUAUUGUGGAUUUGAGUUUUGAAUAAAUUCCUGGAUCCAGGUGGUUAUCACAUUUCCUGGUGAUAACUAUAUUUUAUUAAGUUUUAUUUGGAGCUGUUUUAGUUACUUUUGAGAUUUUAUCAGGGUUAUUUUCUUAAAUAGACGGCCGUUAGAUUGCAGUUAUUUUUAAAAGUAGUAAGUUAGUGUAACGUUUCCUUUAUCCCUGAGAGGGGCGUUACACAAAGUUCUUAUUAAUUGAUAACGUCUUGUUCAAACGUUCGAAAGCAGGUCCAUAUCAAAGGUGCCUUGCCCCAUCCGAAGCCGUCAAAGUGCUCAAAAGUCUUCACGAAGGGGAGUGUGGCAAUCAUGCAGCAGGAAGGAGCCUUUCCAACAAAGCAUUGAGGUUUGGAUACUACUGGCCAACAAUGAGGCAUGACGCCGUCGCAUAUACCCAAGCUUGUCAACCAUGUCAGAAGCACGCACCCCUACAUCAUCAACAUGCAGAAUCCCUUCAUCCUGUUUUAUCUCCGUGGCCUUUCAUGAAGUGGGGCAUGGACAUUGUAGGAAAGUUGCCUGAAGCACCUGGGCAAAAAGUCUACAUGUUGGCAAUGACUGACUACUUCUCAAAGUGGAUCGAAGCAGAGCCUUUCCGACAAAUCCGCGACACCCAGGUAAUAUCUUUUAUCAAAAGAAAUAUAUUGAGCAGGUUCGGCAUCCCGUCAGAGAUCGUCUGUGACAACGGGUCACAGUUCAUUAGCAUCAAAACCAGACGAUUCUGUGAGAAGUACAACAUCAAACUGGAGAUGUCGACACCACGCUAUCCGCAAUCAAAUGGACAAGCUGAGUCAAGCAACAAGAUCAUCAUCUCAAAUCUAAAGAAACGACUGGAUAAAGCACAAGGAAAGUGGGCUGACGAGUUACCACUCAUAUUAUGGGCAGACCGGACAACACCAAAAAACGCCACAGGACAAACGCCUUUUUCGUUGGUGUACGGUUGCGAAGCCGUCAUUCCAGUCGAAGUCAAAGUGCCAACAUCCAGAUACGGACUUAUCAUGGAGGAAGCAAACAAUGUGGAAUUGGUUCAUGAUCUUGACACUAUCGACGAAUUGAGAGAAAAAGCUAAAGUGCAAAUGGCAGCCUAUCAGCAAAGGAUAGCAAGAAGCUAUAACAAAGAUGUCCGAGUCAAAGUAUUCAAAAAAGGCGAUUGGGUACUCAGAAAAUCCUUUGGCAACGAGGCAAAUUGGAAAUUCAGUCCCAACUGGGAAGGCCCAUACCAGAUCACGGAUGUCGUCGGGCAGGGGGCAUAUCGGAUAACAGGCAUCGACGGUAAACAAGUACCAAGGAGCUGGAAUGCGGUACACUUAAAGCAUUUCCAUUUCUAACAUAAUUAUUUACUUAAGUAUUCGUCUUAUACCUUUUGAAUCUCUUACUAACUUGACCGUCGAAGGGCCAUUGGACUCAAGCCAACGGCCGACAAAGUGUUGGAUUUACAGACUGAAGGGGUCAAACCACGUACCGAAAGACAACAUGAAACCGAGUGAAGGAUGACAACACCAAAUUAAAGGUUAGACGACGACAUCAAUUAGCUACAGCCCAACAACAGUGGGUCAACCGAGAUUGCCUAAUCAGUACCGGUAAACUAGUAAAGAAGCAAAUGAUCAGGACACUAUCAAGGUAUGCAACAACUUACUCAUCCCUCACUGUAGCAUUUUCUUCAUUUGUUCACUUGGACAAGUGCUAAAUUACUUUUGAAACAUUAAGUCAACAUGACAUGAAUUUUACUAAGUAGUUUCACAAAGUUGAAGACUAUUUUUCAAUACAUAUCUCUCGAUUCACAAGUACUGACUUUAGCAUCAGAGGGCCAUUGGCUCUAAGCCAACGGCCAGACCCUUACAACAUGAUUGAUUUCAGGAAAAUGACAACAUAUACUUAGCAACAACACCGGUGGCUGAAGUCUUCAAUCAGCUCAUCCAAAGUUACUAACACACGCUCCCUGACCACAUCAGUAAGGGGUGACAAGGACUGUAUAGGCUCAUCGUAUGAGGAAUGCAAAUGGCAAACCUAUGCACCUUGAAUGUUUUGGCCAAAACAACAGACAGAUCAUACAUCACAAACACUGACAACUUCAAAGUCAGACAAACACAAAGUAACAACAGUACACGUACAAACGACAUCAUCAUGUGGAACAACAACCACAUUCAAAACUACAAAAGUACGCAACAGAAGCGUGACGACAUUAGCUCCAAAAUAUGAGGAGACACUACAAACGACAUAUCACAAUAUUGAUAAAAUUACGAAUGAAACGUUAUUCAAAGUUUUUGCAGGUUAUGGACUAUGUUCACGCCACACAACUCAUCAUCUUUAACGACGGAUGAUGUCCCCUUUGCCAACUGAGGUGUCGACACCGACAUGAUACUGUCACAAAUUUCUGUCAUCUAAUCGUCAGUACAAUGCGGAGGGAGAAUAACAAAAUUCCAGUUUUCAGACUUCACUGUUUCAAGGAUCCAAUCAGAGGUUACUCAAAAAGAAAAAUAUGGAAGCAUUCAGUUAGACAAGUUGAUCAAUAUGUGAUGAUGCAAUGAACCAAGAUGCAAAGUGUACUUUCAAAUUUUCGACAAGUUGUUGCUGAACAAGUCGAGAGACGUGUGCAUUAUUCGCCCCAACUUCUCGAAAAGGGGGCAAUUGUUGGGCCCAAGAAUUUUAAUUCACGAUUGGGCCGCCGAUUAAUAUAAGUGUGUUGGAGCCAGGAUUCGACUGACUGAUGGGCCAUGGACUGGUGUGGAUAGUAAAGGAUGAGCCCUAUGGCUCCAAUAAUGGAAUUAGCUAGAUAGCCAUGAAAGCAGAUUUGAACUUGGGGAACCGUUCCCUAUUUCUUUGGCUGAACGGAUGCAAAUGAGGUUGGCAUAAUAAUUGUCAUAAAUAGGGAGAAUUACUAGCUAUCCAUGUAACGCAUGAUUAGUUAGAAAACAAAUACUACAUAUAGCAUAUGCAGACUAUUCUUCAAAGAGGCAUUUUUUUUUCAUUCUAGCCCACCAUUGAAAGGCACGAUCAAUCUAGAAAAAAGCACAUUAUACAUACUACGCAGGUCACAAAGAAAAUUCCAUAUCUUGUACUCAAAGAUCUCGGCUAAAAAGCCUAAUAAUAUACUAUUUUUUUCUAGCAA